ACCAAAACGUGUGCGUCUACAGUUCAUCCCAGAGCCGAAGUUGAACUUCGGAACCAUCCGAGAAAGCGUCACAUGACUCCGCAAACAACCGUCCCGUGCCGCACCGCGGCUUCGUGGUUGGCUCUGACCACCACCACCGGGGACACCUCUCACGGCUUUCGAUUCCUACUCGCUCUUUUGUCUGCUCGAAGCUACCAGCAAGCACUGUUCAAGAUGAGCGACGUGCCGUCCGAGCGCCCUACCAUUUUUGGUAUUAACGCAGACAAGCCUGUUGAGCCGUUGCCUGCCAAUGCGGCUGAGCGGGUGAUAAAGGAAGCGAAGAAAGAGGGAGCUUUUGCUGGGCUGACUGGCGGCCUUGUAUCCUCUCUCCUUGGUAGCCGCCUCUUCAAAUUUGGGCCCAAGACAUCUCUUUUUAGCGGUGUCGCCGCUGGUCUUUUGUCCGGGUACUUCUUCACAGAGGCCUUCCAAGAGACCGCACUCGCACAACUGCGCCAGGAGCAGAUUCGGCAAGCACGGGAGAGGCUGUACGCGGCGCAGGGUGGACAAAUGCAGGACACUGCACCAACAGAUUCUACUGCUUGAAAGCAUCGAGGACUUUUUGUGUUCCGUCACCGCUCUACGAAAUGCAUACGUCAACUGAUUCACCGCUCAUUCCCGUAUCGUGAAAGCUACCGAGCGCAUGCCAACCCUUCAAUUUCUCUUCUUCUUCGCCUCCUCCGCCUUUUCCUCCCCAGCAUCCUCAUCAUCCGACCGCACAUCACUCGCCUCGCCCGCAGUGCGGAUGGCGCGAAGCAGGACACGCCACAUCAGAUAGUACCAGAAUAUAUUCAGGAACUGGAGGAGGAGGAUCGGCGUGAAGAUCUGGUAUUUCAUCCACCAGGUGAGCCAAGCGCCGGUCGAGGGC